AUGGAGAGCACGGACAAGACCCCCAGAAGGCCAGAGGAGAGCGGGAAGGAGCCCCCAAAGCCCCGCAGGGUCCGCGGCCGCCCCCCCGCCCCUCGAGGCCUCACUCACCGCGUCCCCGCCGCGGCCGCUCCCUCAGGCGGGCGAGAAAGGACGAACCCCGCUCCUGGAGCUGCUCCCGGCGUGUCCCGGGAUCGCUCCGUCCUCCCGGAGGAGGAGAUGUGUGUCCGCCUGCGGGGCCCCGGGAGCAGGAGGUUCCCCGGUGCUGUCCCGGUACCGGGUGGAACGGCCGAGCCGAGCCGAGCCGAGCCGAGCCGCGGUUCCCCGGCGGGGGCGGGGGGAGCAGGACCCGGCCCCGGGCGCUGCCCCCGCUGCUCUCCGGCCCCCGGGGCUCCCGCUCGUUUCGAUUUCGUUUUUGGCCGGGAUCGCGGCGCGGGGACGGGCGCGGAGCGCGGCGGGCUCCGCUCGCACCGGGCCGGCCAUGCAGGAAUCCAGCCCUCCCUGUGGAGCAAGGACGAUGUGAUCCACUGGCUGCGAUGGGCUGAGAGGGAGUAUUCCCUGCGGCCCACUGAGCAGAGCAGGUUCGAAAUGAACGGCAAAGCCUUGUGCAUCCUCACCAAGGAGGACUUCAGACACCGAGCUCCCGGCUCAGGGGACGUGCUGUAUGAAAUCCUCCAGUUCAUUAAAACUCAGAGAAGAGCUCUGGUGUGCAGCCCCUUGCUGAACUCGCCCUUCAGGAAAGCCAGGAGCACAGAGGAAGGUGCAGACUGCAGUGCUGAGGCUGCCCCAGCUGUUUCCUCGUGGCUGGGCUGUGCAGAGCAGCCCCUGUUCCACAGCCACAGGCAGCCACUGAACCUCUCCCACCACAGCUCAGAGAGUCCAGGUGCCAUCUGCUCCUUCCCUGCUACCCUGUCGGCCCCAGUGGAUGGGAAAAUUGCAGACUGCAGGCUGCUCUGGGAGUACGUGUACCAGCUGCUGGCCGACCGCCGCUACGAGCCCUACAUCAGGUGGGAGGACAGGGAGGCCAAGGUGUUCCGCGUCGUCAACCCCAACGGGCUGGCCCAGCUCUGGGGCAACCACAAGAAUCGCAUGAACAUGACCUAUGAGAAGAUGUCACGAGCUCUCAGACACUACUACAAACUCAACAUCAUCAAGAAGGAGCCAGGGCAGAAGCUGUUGUUCAGGUUUUUGAAGACUCCUGGGGAGGCUGUCCAUGAGAAAUCCAGCAAACUGGAGCAGCUGGAGAAUGAGGACCAUGAAGAUGUGAAGGAAGACCCAGUGGAGGUUUCAGCACAGUAA